AAAAUCCCUCACAAACCAAACAUACAAUGCCAAUCCCACAAACUUGUGCCGAACUCAAAGCUUCUACAAGCCACUCAAAGCUCGUUGUUGUUACACCAGAAACAACAUUGGAUAAGUGUUUGAUGGCUAUGGUCGAAAAUGAUGUUAGACAUUUGGUAGUAGUUUCAAGCGAAGAUAAUGGAAAGAUUGUUGGUCUCAUUUCUGAAAGAGAUAUUCGUCUUGCUAUCGGAUCACCAUUGAUCCACAAGGAUAUGGAUAUUAAGAAGGAAAUUGAUGAAUUUUCUAAACAAGUUGCCAGCUCAAUCAUGACAAAGAAUGUUUUCACUGUUAAGGAAAAUGAUUCUAUUCUUGAAGCUGCCAAGAUUAUGAGAGUUUCUAGAAUUGGUUGUUUGCCAAUUGUCAAUGAUGCUGAUUCUAUUGUUGGAGUCAUUACUAGAUCUGAUAUGUUGGAUCAACUUAUUCGUGUUUUGGAACCUAAGGAAUAAAUGUAUAUAAAUUGUAUAAAGAUAGUUGUAGAUUAGAUUCGGAAAAGAGGCAACAGAAUUUAAUUGAGUUAAAAUGGAUUACUUUCAAUUAAAGACAAUUGCUAAAUACGCUCUGUUGAGUUGUUAAAUAAAAUCCUAAGUUUAAUUUGCC